AGCUCUCUCUGAGUGUUCCUCUACUUCCAGAGGCAGGUGAACGAGUGAAGAGUGAAUUCACACUUUAAAGAGCAGCGAAGACCAUCUUGCCAUGAAACCUUUCACAGAUGAAGAUGUAGAAAUCUACAUCCAGAGUAAGGUGGAGCGGCGGCAUUACCUGGUUUCCAAAGCAGUGGAGGAGGUGCAGAAAAUCAUCCAGCAGCUGACCGCAGAGAUCAGCUACAAGGCCGUGCGAUUCCAGGCCAUCUCCAACUCUGGCAUUCACAAUGAGAACAUUAAGGAUCAGCCAGCUUUACUGGCCAAGUGGUCAGCUAUGCUUCGGAGGAAGCGCCCAUUCCACCCAUCCAUCCAGGUGUUAGCACCCAGCCAGUUCCUCAUCACAGUUCCUCUGCGUGGCCUGACGGGGUACAGGGAAUGCCAGGUUCGGCACUGGCGCUAUUACACCGUGAACGGGGCCAAGCUCCUCUCCUCCGUGCGGGACCCUGAGGAAUUGCAUCAGUGGCUGGAGGUGGAGCAGUUCUCAAAAAGCCUUCAGCAGUGGCAUGAAGAGGAUGUGAACAUCGAAGGGGAUCUGGUUCCAGCCAAGGUCCUUAUUGUCUUCCGGGAGCUGGUGGAGAAGUCGAUCGUCUCCUGUAACCUCUCCAGUAAAGUGACAGUGCUGGAGAGCUUCAGCUCAGUGGUCCGGGUGGCUGUGGAGACAUCAGAAUCCCAGGUUGAGGUGGAGCUGGUCCCUGCUGUGGAGAUUCCAACCUGCUGGCCCGAGAAAGCCCGGUGGCCUCGUUGCCUUAAGCGUUGGCCUUCUCAGGAAAAAGUGCAAUGCAUCAAGUCGCUGGGUUUCGACCUCCUGGCCCGCUCUAAUUACCACUGGCAGCUGUGCUUCUCCCGUGCUGAGCACAUCCUCAUGGAGGGACUUGAUGAAGAUGGUGGUUGUCGCAUGAAGUGCUUCAGGGUCAUGAGGCAGAUGAAGGAGGAUGUCUGGUGUGCUGGAAAUAAGCCUGUCAUCACGGCUUAUCACCUCCAGGUGGGCAUCACCCUGAUACCAACAUACAGUCGCGGGAUCUGUUGCAGUGGCUUCCGUCCAGCAAGGUCAGAAUGCUGUGGUGUAAAUCAGUGUUGCAUCUGUGUGACUUCCAAGACAGUGCUAUUCUGGACGUGUGAAAAAUACCCACGCACCAAGGAUUGGCGCUGCUUCCCUGAAGCCUUUCUGAGGCUGGUACAGAAGCUGCACAAGUGUGUAAGCCAGCACUUCCUCAAGCAUUACUUUCUCAAGAACACCAAUCUGCUCAAAUAUGCCAACACCAGUGACCUGGACCUGGUGGCCAGCAAGCUGGCAGUCUUCUUGGAGAACCCCGUUUUCUGCCUGGACUGAGGCAGGCAAAGGCCUCACCCCAAGCCUGAGUCAAUCCCCAGCUCCUCUCCCCACCCGUGGCUGCUCUCCGUGUCCUUCCAGUAGAUGUUGCAGCUGGCUCUGUGAGACAGUUGGCACAUGCAGCGCAAAAGAGAAGUGUCGAGCUGGCAGCAGUGGGCGGUGAAAACUGAUGGGAGGUAUCACUUGAUGCCCAGCUGAUCUAAUUUGCUUUCAACAGUGACAGCCUGCCUGGAAGCUACAGCCAGUGAAACCCAACUUUGUGUGUCAGUCAGAGCAGGCAACUGCCUUGUUCUGUGUCUCCACUCUUGUGGCACCUAAGCUGAAAGGCAGCGCAAAGGAGUCUCGCUCUGCUGCUUCUGUAACCUAGCACAUGUAUUGCUGCAAUCGCCUGUCUCACAAGGGCAGUGGGUUUAAUUGCCUGCUUACCUCACAGGCCAGCUCUGCAGAGGGGCAGAGGAACAUUUCCGAGGUGUUCUGAAGCUGGAAGCUUUGUCAGAGGAAAUUCAGUUCAGUGAGAUCCUGCUCCAGUAGGAUCAAAUAGGAAUUUAACCAUGCUGCUGGUGUUGAAGAGCUCAAUGGAAGCAAGAAGAGGAACAGUGGGUUUUGCCUCUUAAUUUUUCUCUCCUCCACUUACAUUGCUCUUCCAAUUGCUUCAAGUAUGUCUCUUUCAAGUUUGCCUUUGCCAGUUGUGUUAGUGCCAUACAGUCAGGGGGCUUUGGUAGGGCACAUUUCCCUUCCCAUCUCUGGCUCUAUCCAGGAGGCUGGAUGAGGAGGAGCAGGUCUUUCCCUAGCUGUUAGCACCCAUGUAUUUUUGGGUGCAGUGCAGAAGGAGGAUAUUUUUCAAAGGCUCUUAGCUCCAAGACCCCUUUAGUGCUUUUAAUUUUGUGGAUGUUUCAAAAGAAAAUGGAUUUUAGUAUUUCAAAAGAACAGAGCUUUAGAAUUAAUAUAAAGAAUGCUGUGUUUAAUGUUAUUAAAUUGCUGAGACUAAA